AGAUAAUUGCAACCUUGCGUGGAAGGCGCCAGAAGAUGAUGGCGGAGAGCCAGUUGAAUAUUACGAGGUCGAAAAGCUAGAUGUGGAUUCUGGGCGUUGGAUGCCUUGCGCAAAGGUUAAAGAUACCAAAGCACAUGUCGAAGACUUACGUAAGGGCCAAACAUAUCAGUUUCGGGUAAAGGCAGUAAAUCGUGAAGGAGCUAGUGAUCCACUAGCAACGAAGGAAUCAAUUUUGGCCAAAAAUCCUUACGAUGAGCCUGGAAAGCCAUCAACUCCAGAAGUGACUGAUUGGGAUGUCGAUCGUGUAAAUUUAGCAUGGGAACCUCCUACAAAUGAUGGAGGAGCACCGAUAACCGGCUAUGUCAUUGAAAAACGAAGUAAACAUAGUAAGGAUUGGAGUGAGUGCGCAAAAACAAAAGGCGCAGAAUGUGAAGCCGAAGUUCUGGGUCUGAAGGAAGGCGAGGAAUAUCAGUUUCGAAUUCGAGCCGUCAAUAAAGCAGGACCGGGCGAGCCGUCCGACCCAAGCAGAAGAGUUGUUGCCAAGCAUCGCAACCUGAAACCGCAUAUUGACCGCGAAUCAAUGAAAUCAGUAACAAUCAAGGUUGGUCAGAGUCUGGAAUUUGAUGUACCUGUGAUCGGCGAGCCACCUCCAGAAAAAGUUUGGACGUUCAAUGAAAAGCCAAUCGAAGGUGACGGUCGUAUUGCGGUAUGUGACCGAACAUUAUUGUGUCUAUAA